UUAUUUAAUUAUAUUAAUUAUAUAGGCAAAAGAAAUUCCAAGUAUGUGCUUUGACAUAUUGAGUGGUCUUGCCAACUGCAAAAACCCUUUCCCUGUUAAAACAUGGAGAGAGUAUGUCCAGUAUGUCAAGGAUGAAAUUAUUCCAGAUAUAGGUGAAAAUGAAAGUGUGUUGCAGAACGCUACUGAGUAUCUGCAAAACAUAGGAGAAAUUUGUAUUUUGAAAGUACCUCAGAUUCAAGCUGCUGCAUCUGAAGACCCUGCUUCCCCUUCAGUUGAACUGGAUGACUUAAGACAAUCUCGCAUUGUUCUCAGGCCACAAUGGCUAUGCAGGAAUAUAUUUGGGCGACUUCUGGCACCAGACUGCUUCUCACACCGGCUGGUAAGUGUAGAUCCUAGUAAAGACACAUACUCAAAGGAGCAGAUGCACAAGGCAUUCAGUGGUGUUCUUAAUGGCGUAGAGAAACUUAUCGAGCUGCUUGUAAUCCUAGAGUUGUGCUACGAAAUAGAAGGGGAAGUGUUAAUUCCUUGUAAACUUGUCUCAGACAUGCCAUCCGAUGUCUGGAAGGUAGAUGCGACAACAGUAUCUUAUGGUCGUAGGAUCUGUUGUAAAAACACCGAGAUUGAUGGAUUUCCAAAAAGCUUCUUUCCGAAAAUUCACACAUCUCUUGCUAUUUAUCUGAGGAAGACCGGUGGUGAUGUAGUUCGAUGGAAAAAUGGACUGAAGGGAAGUCUUGAUGGUGUGGACUUCAUCAUCCAGAUGACACCCGAAUUACAAGCGGUGCAAAUUGUAGUUCAAAUCAUCCUUGAUGAUACCUACUGUCACAUCAGAAAGAUGCCACACCAGAAAUGUCUGAAGAAAUGUCAUCGUGCCCUCCUCCGACUUACCCAACAUGUGAAUUUCAUCAAAGAUGAAACUUGUCCUGGAACAGAGACAAUAUUCCGAUUCCUCAGUAGCAAAUCCUUACAAGGAUGUAGAGAUCCUUGUGCUAUUAAGCACACAUAUUCAAUUGAAGAUUUGCUAGAUGCUGAGGAGAAAAAACAAGGUUUAGUCAGCACACAUGACAUCCAAGAUUAUGUUCAUCAAAUAUUAAUCCCAGGAAGCAGCAAUGAAGUUCUUGACAAAUUGGGUGAGAAGAGCAAUGUUAAAUGGAUUCCAACGGACAUCCUUGCUGCUGUUGCAGAAAAACUUGACGAGAAACUAGACGAUAUGCAUGACUACCGAGCAUUUUCUGCAGUCAUUGGUUUGGAACAGAAGGGCAGAUCUUUGGAGGGCAAUUGUGAGAGCAUCACUAUAGCUCUCCUGAAUGAAUGGUGUGAGAAGAAAGAUUCCACCAUUCAAAGUCUGAGGGAAAUAUUGCAAAAGAAGCCGAUUGCUGACCGUUUAUCCAAGGAUCGAGGAGAUGUCGCAAGAAUACUUAACGGAAUAUUUCCAAUCAAUUCAGUUCCUCAGUCAAUGCAUAUUAAUAUGAGUGAAUAAGAAAAUUAUACAGAUCCCAAAAAAAACAAUUUUUUAUCCCAGGGUUAUCACCAAUAGAAGGAUUCAAUGGCUCUGGUUACUGUGGAUUGGAUGUAAGCACUAAAGCCAGACACCCACUGCAUCAUAUAAGACAUUUCCAUAGAAAACACAAAAGCAACAAAUUGCCGGGAGUGGAUCGAUUUUAAUGAAGAACCGCUCAGAUUGAUACCAACAGUCAGCAGACGUCCUGGCGUUGUCAAGCACUCACUAGAGCAGAGAUAGACACAUUGACCGUUGUACAUUGAAGUGUGUAACCACAUGAAGAUGAAACUACACCAUUUAGCCAAGAUUCAGUCCAAUGUUGUUUCUGCAAAUCUAAAUUAAAUUUAUAUAAAUGGACAAGAAAUACAGAUGAAUUGCUUACAAAGACAGUAAGAAUCCUGUUGUGUAAAUUUAAGGUGGAUAACACUAUUUAAGAAUUACUUGUAAAUGACUUUUUAAUUAAUAUUUAUAGUCAUUUGUAGAGCCAGUGUUCAUGCCAAAGAUGAGUAGAUUUGAUGGUAUGUAGACGAAGCAAUUAGAAUACUGAAAAUGUUAACAUAGUCUACCUUUGCUCAACAAUAAGAUGAAGAAUUCAACCAAAUUGCAAGUAAUCAGAAACUAUCACACAAUUGCAUUCCAUGGUGUCAUGGAUUUGUUUAUUCAUGCCAUGCUCAACAAUGAAGAUGAAGAAUUAAACUGCCACGUACACAAUUAGCACGAUUAUUUUCCCACGUUUUAAGAACAUUUUAUUUGUGGUAACAUUGUUAUCUAAAAAGAUUUUUUUCGUAUAAUUAUCCACCUAAACACUUACUUUGUAGAAGUAAGCAAGGAAAAUAUUGGCCAUAUUCCACCUCUCAUAUGAAGGAUUAUGUGAGGAACUGAACUAUCAGACUCCUAUUAAACCUAACACUGACCAGGU